UGUGGCCUGUGUCUGGGCUCGUCAAGUUGAGGUGGCGAGGAGAGGUCUGCAAAACAAGAGGCUGAGGGUUGCGUUAGCGGUAAACCAGUUCUCGCCGGAGCUUAGGGAAGGAAGUAACUUGGUUAGGCCCUGAGGGAAAAGCUUGCGCCGGGUGCGGCGAGUGGCGGCAGGCGCGCGACCUGGAAGCGGCGGGGCUUUUCUGUCAGCGAGGGUUUGGAGGGCGCACGGACGGCGGCGUCUCUCCGAGUCCGGAGCAGCGGUGGACGCCGCGCCGUCAGCAUGGGCAAAGGAGACCCCAACAAGCCGCGGGGCAAGAUGUCCUCCUACGCCUUCUUCGUGCAGACCUGCCGCGAGGAGCACAAGAAGAAGCACCCCGACUCCUCGGUCAACUUCGCCGAGUUCUCCAAGAAGUGCUCGGAGAGAUGGAAGACCAUGUCCGCCAAGGAGAAGUCGAAGUUUGAAGACAUGGCCAAAAGUGACAAAGCUCGUUAUGACAGGGAGAUGAAGAAUUACGUUCCGCCCAAAGGGGAUAAAAAAGGGAAGAAGAAAGACCCGAAUGCACCCAAAAGACCACCGUCUGCCUUCUUCCUGUUUUGCUCUGAGCAUCGCCCAAAGAUCAAAAGUGAGCACCCCGGCCUGUCUAUCGGAGACACUGCCAAAAAGUUGGGUGAAAUGUGGUCUGAACAGUCAGCCAAAGAUAAACAGCCGUAUGAGCAGAAAGCCGCCAAGCUGAAGGAGAAGUACGAGAAGGAUAUUGCUGCCUACCGUGCCAAGGGCAAAAGUGAAGCAGGAAAGAAGGGCCCUGGUAGGCCAACAGGCUCAAAGAAGAAGAAUGAACCAGAGGAUGAGGAAGAAGAGGAGGAGGAGGAGGAAGAUGAAGAUGAGGAAGAAGAGGAGGAGGAUGAAGAAUAAACAGCUGUCCUGUAAUAUGUGUGGGGUGUGUGUGCUCAGGCAAUUGUUUUGCUAAGAAUGUGAAAUUCAAGUGCAGCUCAACAUUAGCAUCAGUAUAAAAAAUGUACAGAUUUUUGUAUAGCUGAUGAGAUUCUUUGUAGAGAAAAUACUUUUUUAAAAAUACAGGUUGUAGCUUUUUUGACGGGCUACUACAUAGUUAGAUUUUAAAGCUUUUGAUGUUGAAUGUUCCUAAAUAUUUAAUGGUUUCUUUAAUUUCUUUAGGUAGCACAGCAAACUUCAUAGGAAUUUGUAUUACUAGUAAAUUUUGGGUUUUUUAGGAUGUUGCAUUUUUUUUGUUUUUUAAAAAAAAUUUGUAAUAAAAUUAUGUAUAUUA